GAUGUGUCCGUGGAGGUGGCCACAGUGGACCACACCCUGCGAAAGCUGUGCAGGAAGUACAACAGACGCAGGCGGAGGCCCGGGAGGCUCAAGGGACCGUGGCCCCCUAUAAAGAACCUCCAGUACCUGGCUAUAAUCAUCACCGUGGUGGUCUUUGUGGUGGUGGUUGUCAUGUGGUCCCUGCUAUGGGUGUUCAUAUUCCGCAGGGAAAGCAGCAGCGGGGCGUAUUUUGCCGGCAUGUUCCGCGUUGCCAACGUGGAGUUCAUCCCAGAGUACCGCCAGGCCGAGUCCCACGAGUUUGUAUCCAUGGCUACCAAAAUACAGCAUGUGGUCAGCAACGUGUACAAAAUGUCGUCCGUGGCCAGACUCUACAAGCACGCCGUCAUUUCGGACCUCAGCAACAACGAUAAGGGUGGCGUGCUGGUGCACUUCUGGAUCGUGUUCAUGGUCCCUCGCCUGAAGAGCCCGGCGGUGUGCGAGGAGUGCGUGGGAUCCAUCCUCCGCGACUCCGUCCUCACCAGCCUGAAGAACAGGUCGUCCGUAGGAUACCUACUGGGUCUGCCGGUGGAUAUAGACUCCAUCCUCGUCAAUGCCGCUCAACGCUCAGAUUACACAUCAACCUCAACAGGCUCUCAGUGUGUGGACAAACUGUACGCCAACCUGCCAGGGCCGAAAGUGCCGCUCAACGUCUAUUCGUCGUGGGGCGGGGUCAACUGUUACGUUAAGCUGACGUCAGUUCCGGGCUCUCUGAUCCGGCUGACCGUCACCUCCUUCCUCAUAGAGCCCAGCGACUGCGUGAGCGACGCCCUCACCGUGUACGACGCGCUGCUGCCCAUGAGAGGGCGCACUCUGCACAGGGUGUGUGAGCCAGUGACUGCACCCCUCUCUCUGGUGUCUACCUCCAACGUCAUGCUGCUCUCCUUCAGAAUGACCCAGGGCAACAAGAGCUUCCGGGGAAACUUCCAGGCCAUCGCCGAGGAAAUGUGUGUGUCUCACAUUGAGACCCAGUUAAAGCCCGACUUCACCAGCCAGAUCUACAGCCCCUUCCACCCCAGCCUGCUGCCCCCUCGGUGCUCCUGCACCUGGAGGUUUCAGACUCCUGACCAAGCUCUGGGAGUCGCUCUGAAGUUCCAUAACUACGUACUGAAACCGAAGGACAUGAAGGGCUGUGAACACGGCUGGUGGAAGGUCAACGAAAUGAUAUUCUGCGGCAGCUACGUGGGUCACGCCACAGUCUUCAGGAUCGCCGACCACAAACCCGAGGUGGAAUUCCGCUGCAGCUCCCGAACCUCGGACCAGCCCUUUCAGGCCUCACACGGCAGCUACAACAUCAGCCAGCCCUGUCCGGAUGACCACUUCCUGUGCUCCAGCGGACUUUGCGUGGAGAAGCGCCGGCGCUGCGACGGGCUGGAUGACUGCCAGGAUGAGAGCGACGAGGUCUUCUGCUCAAGGCCUGCAAAAAACUGUGCUGGCAGCAGCCCUCUGCACCCUCUGUACAUAUGCAAUGGAGAGAGAGACUGCAUCAAUGGGAAGGAUGAGAGCAACUGCACUCAGGAGUCCCCCUGCACGGCAGUCAAGUACGAAUGCGGCAGCGGAUCCUGUAUCCUGAAGAAGAACGCGAGGUGUGACGGCGUUCCCGACUGUCCGGACCACAGCGAUGAGAAGGACUGCGCCUGCGGCCAUCCAUCCCCGGUGAAGAAGGUGGGCUCGUCGACGGGCGCGGGGCGCGUGGUGGGCGGAGUCAACUCCGUGGAGGGGGAGUGGCCGUGGCAGGUCAGCCUCCACUUCUCGGGCAAUUUGUACUGCGGCGCCUCCGUCCUCUCCUCCGACUGGCUCGUCUCGGCUGCCCACUGCUUCAGCAAAGACAGGCUCUCGGACCCACGCCACUGGAGCGCCCACCUCGGGAUGCUGACCCAGGGCGGCGCCAAGCACGUGGCAGAGGUCCGCCGGAUCGUGGUGCACGAGUAUUACAACCCACGUACGUUCGACUACGACGUCGCCCUGCUACAGCUGAAGAAGCCCUGGCCCCCCUCCCUCGACCCGCUUGUCCAGCCCGUGUGCCUGCCGGCCCCCUCCCAGGCCCUCACCCAGAACCACCACUGCUGGGUCACAGGCUGGGGCUACCGCUCAGAGGACGACAAGGUGCUGCCUGUGGUGCUCCAGAAAGCAGAGGUGUCCAUACUGAGCCAGAGUGAGUGUAAAAAGAGGUACGGCCCCAUCUCGCCACGCAUGCUUUGUGCCGGGGUCCCCUCCGGAGAACAGGACGCCUGUAGGGGAGACUCAGGGGGCCCUCUGUCGUGUCGGGCACCAGGUGGGGGUCGCUGGUUCUUGAUCGGUGUUGUGAGCUGGGGGGCCGGCUGUGGCAGACCGAACCUCCCCGGGGUCUACACCAGGGUCAACAAGUUCACCUCUUGGAUCCACAGCCAUAUAAACUGA